CACUGUGAAUCACUGCCAAUGUGUAACUCAGCCGACGAUUCUUACGUACAAAAGCUAGGUUAUCUGCAACUCGGGGAUGAAUCCACUGACGCCGGCGGUGCGUCGGGUACCGGCAGGGUCACGGGAUCACGACCUGAGGCUCAGGUACCCGUGUCGAGGAAUGUCAUAAGCAGAACAGAUGCCAGAGGACCUGGUAGACCAGUUGGUGCUAUUGAAAGUUUCAUUGAGAGCAAUGCUGACACUUGCAGGCAGUCAGCAGCUGAUUACAAGCUAUAUGAACGUGAAAAUAUAAUAGCUGCAUCAAGAUUUCCCACACCAAAACCAGUAGAGCAAAUCAGUGCUCAGCAGCAACAAAAUCAAAACCGUAUGAGUCAUCAGCAAGCACCAGUAUAUGAAAAUAUUGACUAUUAUCCGCAACAAAAUCAACCUCAUCCUCCAUAUUAUCAUCCAGUGGAAUCUAGGAAGAGCCCUAAGAGUAGUCCUAGGGGAUCUUUAGCAGGUGAAUCCUAUGAACCUACGUUUAGAAAAGCACAACCACAGGUUCCUACUGGGAAUCGAUAUCAAUCUGCAUCACCAGCAAAAGAAUUACCUCCAUAUGAGGCACCUCCUGUAUAUGAAAAUAUUCAGGAGGUGCAUUUCCCAGAAAACACACAAAAUAAACCAGGCCCUCAGGUUCCACCAAAUUAUUAUCACCCAGCAACAAUUAAUGGCGGUGAUUAUGUUGUUAUGACAGGAAAAGUGGGCCAAGCACAAAAUCAAAGAGGUAUGACACAAAAUUUAUCAUACACACAACAAAGAGGAAGCAAUAUACGUGGUCAAAGUUAUGAUGGCUCUAGUUUACAACGCUGUGUUGAUUCAUCCACAUCAAGGUACUUACAAGGAUCUUCUUCAUCUUUAGAUCAUCAAGCUGGUAGAAGUGCUUAUGUUCCACCAUCUGAACUACAAACACCAACCCGAAAUUUUAAUUAUAAUUCUGAGCAACAACAACAACAUUCUCCCAGAUCUGGACUUCCUUAUCAUAGUGAGUCACCACCGAUACGCUUACCUCCAGAGCCACAUCAUUAUCGUGGAUCUGUGGAUAGUUCAAUGAGUGGACAGCAUGGAUUUAGAGCUUCAAAUCAUAUAGAAACUGUACAACAGUCUCAAUACCGCCAGGAUAGUCCCCAAAGUUACAAAUCUUACAUAGAAUCACCCGCAAGAAGUACAAAUACAAAUAUUACUGGAGAGACUCAGGCCAGAAACUCACCUGUCUAUGGUGCGAGACAAGGAGAGCAAUCUGCUUGCCGCAAUUCUCCCUGUUAUUCUCCAAGUAGAAUGUUACCAUCAAAUGAGAGAAACUAUCAUCAUCAAGAACCUAGAUCAGAAUUUCCUGUCAGAAAUUCUCCAAUAUAUUCAUCGAAUAGAUCAUCAGAACACUUAAGAUUAAGUAAUUUACAGAAUGAUAGAAGUUUUGUUCAGGAUACAACUGAUCCUUCUGAUACAUCAAAACCAUCACCUAUGUAUUCACCUAGCCGUAGUGAUUCUUCCAGAAGCGUAGCCAAUAAUAAUAGUACAAGAGGUUCUCCAAAAGUAAGUCCAACUCACAACCAGGUAUCGUCCGAUACAGUCGCACAAAAUGUGGUUAAUUCGCCAAGACACGUGUCACCAUCUUCCGCAAGUAAUAUUAUCGGAAGUCCUCUACGUGGUCAGGUACAAACACCAGUGACCACUGGUGCACCAACCAUUGCAGAAUCUGAUCCAAAUGUUCAUGGGCCUAGAAUCACCAGUCUCCCUCCAGGGGUGACCAGUGGUGUAGCCGGCCCAGUCUUUUUAAAUGCCGGUGUACCUGUAUUGCAAAGGCCACCCGAACCUGAACUUGAAGAAAGAAAGUCAGUCAGUCCACCGAUCAAACCGACAUCCGGCAAGGGACUACUACCCUACAAUGUUAUACCACCUAGACCUUCCGGACCCACCGAAGCAGAGAGGAAAAUAGAAGAAUUGACAAGACAACUCGAAGAGGAGAUGGAGAAGCAAGAAGAAGAAGGGGAAUACUUUGGUAUUUGUCACACAUGCGGUGAAAAAGUAACGGGUGCGGGUCAGGCCUGCCAAGCUAUGGGCAACCUUUAUCACACAAAUUGCUUCAUAUGCUGUUCCUGUGGAAGAGCGUUACGCGGUAAAGCGUUCUAUAAUGUCCACGGAAGAGUGUACUGCGAGGAAGAUUAUCUGUACUCUGGCUUCCAACAAACUGCUGAGAAGUGCGCAAUCUGUGGUCACCUCAUUAUGGAAAUGAUAUUACAAGCUAUGGGGAAAUCCUAUCAUCCAGGAUGCUUUAGAUGUUGUGUUUGUAACGAAUGUCUUGAUGGCGUUCCCUUCACGGUUGACGUUGACAAUAAAAUUUACUGUGUUAACGAUUACCAUAGGAUGUUCGCGCCAAAGUGUGCUUCCUGUGGAAAGGGAAUCACUCCAGUUGAGGGUACAGAGGAAACCGUAAGAGUUGUUUCCAUGGACAAAGAUUUCCAUGUAGAUUGUUACGUUUGCGAGGAUUGUGGUAUGCAACUGACCGACGAACCGGACAAACGAUGCUACCCACUCGAUGGUAGGCUUAUGUGUCGUGCGUGCCACAUCCAACGCAUAUCCCACACGCAACCCAGAGCUCCACAGCCAGUAUCAGCUAGUUAUCAAUUUAUGGGAUAAGUUAAAUAUAUUAAGUUGAAUGUUUAAAAUUCAAUUGCAUAUCGGUCAUCCGGUAAUGAACAUCGUUAAGAACUGACUGAACAAAUCGAUCUAUCACUAACGUAAGCUUACACGUGUCUAUCCUCUACGAAAUAGAAAUUUAUAGAAAAAAUACAGUUAUCGAUAUUUACAAUAUAAUUAAUCAAUGUUUACAGAAGUAAUAUAGCUUUAUUGUUCCUCUAAAAUGUGAGAGGUUUGACGUGAUCUAGCAAGACUGGAUAUUUGCAAAAUCGAAAUAUCUAUACUGCCUUUUGGGAUCAUCUAGAAUCUAGAUUAUAUAGCCAGGGCGACGUUUGAUCUUUUUUUAGCAAUGUAUAUUAUUCCGUUUUUAUGAGAAAUAAUUUCCCAUUGACAGCUAUUAAUAUAGGUUAGUAUAUUUAAUAUAUGUGGUCUUAUUUAUUUUAUCCAAGAUAUACGCGAAUACAGUGGUCUCGUUAGGACGAACGAGUUGCGCAGGCAACUGUGAUAUAUUAGCAUAAUAACUACAUUGUUGUUAAGUAAUGAUUCCUUAUUUUAGUUCAUGUAUAUAUGUUUGAUAUAUAAUUAUGUAUAUUAAUAUUAUAUUACUAUACAUUAUACAGGGUGGUUUGUAACUGCUGGUACAAGCGGGAAGGGAGUGAUUAUACGCGAAAAAAGAAGUCGAAAAUAUAGAAUAAAACUCUUUUUUUAAAUUUUUUUUUUAAUUUUUCCAUUGGGACAACGAUCUACAGUGAGAUCCGUUAUAACGUACCGCACGCGUACCAAGCGAAAAUUCAAAGUCGAUUUUCUCGAAAACGAAGCCUCAAACGAAAAAUUUUUAUUCUAUAUUUUCGACUUCUUUUUUUCGCGUAGAAUCACCCCCUUUCCGCUUGUACUACCAGUUACCAACCACCCUGUAUAUAAUAUGAGAACAAUUCUGCUGUCAAUGUAUAUCGACUUUCUUAUGAUUAAUAAUUCUGGGCGCAUCUCGACGUGGUGAUUUAUGAUAAUUAUAGUGUAUUAUUACUGUACUUGACGUAUUGCGUUUGCUAACAGUAUUUAUUAUGACAAUACACCAUAUAUUGGUUACUAGUAUCAAAACUUCAUACAAGACUCUUGACUUUCGUGUAUAUUACUCAGGAAUUUUAAUACGAUCGUGACAACCUCAUCGUUGGAAAAUUAUGUGAAUGUUAAUGUUCAAAUCAAUGAAUGGUACUAAAUAAGAUUCGGUGCAUUGAAGACGAAUAAUUUUAGUUUACUACAAUGCACAAUUUGUGCUGCCAAAAAAGCUUCCCUAUAUCUGACUAAUUAAUCAAUAUUUCUGCGUGUAAAUAAGGUAGGCUGAAGAUAAACUACGAGUAUUGUAGGUGAAAAGUACAAUGUUAUUUAAGUAUAUGUGCGGUAUAUAAGACAAAACGUCUGUUCAAUAAAGGAGGGUAUAUCUGAGCAUCUGUAA